AUGGCCCAGCCAACAGUCGAGCCCGUCGAGGAGUACGACUACGAGUCUCUGCCCCCUAAUUUCUCCCUAGCCCAAAAUAUGGUCGCUGGUGCCUUCGCCGGUAUUGCCGAACACACAGUUAUGUACCCAAUUGACGCGAUCAAGACGCGAAUGCAGAUACUUAACCCGGUGGGGGCGAACGCAGUCUACAAAGGCAUGAUACAGAGUACCAUGCGCAUAGCAAGUGGAGAGGGUGUAUUGAAGUUAUGGCGGGGGAUGUCAAGCGUUGUCGUCGGAGCUGGGCCUGCGCACGCAGUCUACUUUGCGACAUAUGAGGCUGUUAAGCAUCUUAUGGGUGGUAACCGAGCUGGUGUACACCACCCGCUAGCAGCAGCAACAAGUGGGGCUUGCGCAACCAUAGCCAGCGAUGCGCUUAUGAACCCCUUUGACGUGAUCAAGCAACGUAUGCAGAUACAAAACUCGAGCAAGAUGUACCGCUCUAUGACGGACUGCGCUCGAUACGUCUACAGAACCGAGGGUUUAUCGGCCUUCUACGUCUCAUAUCCGACUACUUUAUCUAUGACUGUACCCUUCACGGCCCUCCAAUUCCUCGCAUACGAAUCUAUAUCUACGACAAUGAAUCCCAGCAAGACGUAUGAUCCGUUUACGCACUGCAUGGCAGGCGCAGUUGCGGGAGGUUUCGCAGCAGCUCUAACUACACCAAUGGACGUCAUCAAAACCAUGCUACAAACCCGAGGUACAGCUUCCGACGCGGAGCUCAGGUCGGUGAAUGGAUUCAUGGCAGGCUGCAGGCUAAUGUACCAACGGGAGGGUCUACGCGGGUUCUUUAAAGGAGUUCGGCCGAGAGUAGUCACCACAAUGCCGAGCACAGCCAUCUGCUGGUCGGCUUACGAAGCUUCCAAGGCAUACUUCAUUCGUGCCAACACGUCAUCGUCCGUGGUGGGUUGA